CGCCACACCCCAGCCAACGGAUAAUCCAAACAAAGCCGGUACCUGCGAGUUAAUCAGCGGCAGCGAAGGAGGAGGGAAGAACACGACUUGGGCAGCGGCUGGUAACGAGGACUGAAAUCGCAGAGAUCUGACAUAAGAUGGGAAUACUGAAGGAGUUAAUGGAUUCUCUACAUUUCAUUUGCACAUUUCAGCUCUGGAGAAUGGCAAUCCUCUGGACCCUUUCUCUGGUUUAUUCAUACUUGAAGUUGUAUCUCCAAAACUUUUCAUUGCAUAAACAUAAACCCUAUACGCGCUUGUCUCCCAAAGAUCACUCCUAUGCCUCAAUGCCUCUGUCCAGGCCGGUCUGUGUAAUAACUGGGGCUUCGUCUGGUCUGGGGGCUGCUGCUGCUCAUGCCCUUGCAAAUGAAGGCUUUUAUGUUGUUCUUGCAAUGAAAUCUUGUCGAUUAUGGGUGCUUUCGAACUAUACUUUGUUCCAACUCUAUGGUUGAUUGAGAUUUUUUUUAAUAAUCAAUGCAGUAGGGAGAUCUUUGGAACGUUUAUCAAAGGUAACAUCUGAUAUUAGGAGAAGUGAGGUUGAUGCUUGCGUGAAAGCUUUUGAAGUGGAUAUGACCUCCUUCGAGUCGAUUGUGAAGUUCAAGAGGUCACUCAAACAAUGGCUGCUGGAUUCGAAUUUGCAUCCUUCUAUUCAACUCCUGAUAAAUAAUGCUGGAAUCCUCGCAACGACCUCUAGGAUCACUUCUGAAGGAUAUGACCAGAUGUUCACAACAAACUAUUUUGGUGCAUUUUGUAUGACCAAAGUCCUUCUCCCUUUGCUGGAAAGUAGCCCCACCCCUUCUCGUGUGGUUAAUGUCACAUCCUUUACACACCGGAGUGUAUGGUCCAUGCAGGUGGACCGAAGAGCUAUCAAGUCUUUAUCCAAAUCAAAGCGGUACCCGUUUGCAGAAAUCUACGAGUACUCAAAAUUGUGCCUUUUGCUGUUUUCAUAUGAGCUGCAUCGACGAGCUUAUGUAAUGGAUAACUGCCAUAAGCUCUCCGUAGUGUAAGUGUUACUCCGUAUUUAUCUUCAAUUCCCUUCACAUUCUCUAGAUUGUCAUUUGAUUAUUCCACUUGCACAUUUGUAGCUGAAAUUUGUAUAAAUAAGUAGUAGCCAAGGGGCAAAACCGGCAAAAAGAAAAUUUCUCUCAAGCGUCUAACCUUCCCAUGCCUUCCCGACUUCACUAAUUCGAAUUGUUUUUCAUUGAUUUGUUUUAAGUUUGUCACCCAAAUCGACGAUUGAUUUCUUCUCUUUGAUUGUGUAAAGAGCUGUGGAUCCUGGAGCCGUGAAAACCGAAAUCAUGCGAGAAUUUCCUUGGGGCAUUUCUCACAUAGCCUUUAUAAGCUUGAAAGCUUUGGGUCUCCUUCAAACCCCAGAAUAUGCGGUAGGCUCUAUUCUUGAUGCCUCGCUUGCCCUCCCAGAAACAUCAGGAGAAUACUUCUUUGGAGGAAAAGGAAGAACUUUGACAUCAUCCCCGCUUUCCUACAAUUCUAAGAUCUCUAAAGAUCUUUGGGAUACGUCAAAUGAUCUGUUCCAGGAAUUGCAAGAGGCUCUUGAAAUGCAUGAUUAACGUCAUUAGAGCUUGAAUGAAUGUGGACAGAUGUUAAGUCUACAUUCAUGUGAUUUUUAACGUAUCUUGAACGUCUUUGCAGACAGUUAUUUAGGAAUGGAGGGAGUACUUUGUAACAAUGGUCAUUGUCAUUACCUUAAUUCUCAACUAUAUAUUAUUGUAUCAUGAAUGAUGUAAUUUGAUCCCUUUUUUUAUUCUUUUAAUUAACAAUUACUCCAUAU